UGUGUUUGUGGGAAUUUCAAUUGGUGUUAGUGUGUUGUCAGAAAUCUCUAAAUUUUCACGUCAAUUUUCUGCGCGUUCCGUGAAAACAAAUUGGACUUUUCUGCAGUUUAUUUGCACCAUUUCGCCAUUAAUUGGUAAAAGGUGUGAAAUCUUCGCCGUACCAUGAGCUAUCAGCAGCACAAUCGAACGAUGUCGCAUAAUCAAUACAACCCACCGGAUUUGCCGAUGGUGUCGGCCAAGGAGCAAACUCUCAUGUGGCAGCAAAACUCCUACAUGGGUGAUUCGGGAAUUCACUCGGGUGCCGUGACUCAGGUCCCAUCGCUCAGUGGCAAGGAGGAUGAGGAGAUGGAUGGGGAUCCGCUAAUGUUUGACCUAGAUCAGGGUUUUACGCAGAACUUCACGCCCGAUCAGGUGGAUGACAUUAAUCAGCAACUGAGUCAGACCCGAUCGCAGCGUGUACGUGCUGCCAUGUUCCCGGAAACCCUUGAGGAGGGUAUUGAGAUUCCAUCGACGCAAUUUGAUCCGCAACAACCCACUGCAGUGCAGCGUCUGUCUGAACCAUCGCAAAUGCUGAAGCAUGCUGUGGUGAAUUUGAUUAAUUACCAAGAUGAUGCCGAUUUGGCCACAAGGGCCAUUCCGGAGUUGAUAAAAUUGCUCAAUGAUGAAGAUCAAGUUGUUGUGAGCCAAGCUGCCAUGAUGGUGCAUCAAUUGUCAAAGAAGGAAGCAUCACGGCAUGCUAUUAUGAAUAGCCCCAAUAUGGUGGCUGCUCUCGUGCGUGCCAUUUCCAACAGCAACGAUUUGGAAACUACUAAAGGUGCCGUGGGUACGCUGCACAAUUUAUCGCACCACCGUCAGGGUCUACUGGCCAUAUUCAAGAGUGGCGGUAUUCCGGCUCUGGUGAAGUUACUCUCAUCACCCGUUGAAUCCGUGCUCUUCUAUGCGAUUACAACGCUCCACAAUUUGUUGCUGCAUCAGGACGGUUCCAAAAUGGCAGUGAGACUUGCAGGUGGCCUGCAGAAGAUGGUUGCGCUCCUGCAGCGCAACAAUGUCAAAUUUUUGGCAAUCGUCACUGACUGUCUGCAAAUUCUGGCGUACGGUAAUCAAGAGAGCAAACUCAUUAUACUGGCCUCUACGGGACCCAUUGAGCUUGUACGGAUUAUGCGUACGUACGACUACGAGAAGCUCCUGUGGACAACAUCGCGCGUCCUUAAGGUGCUGUCGGUGUGCUCAAGCAAUAAGCCAGCAAUUGUCGAUGCUGGUGGUAUGCAGGCACUUGCAAUGCAUCUUGGUAAUCCAUCGCAGCGUCUUGUGCAGAAUUGCCUAUGGACGCUGCGAAAUUUAUCUGAUGCCGCAACGAAGGUUGAUGGUUUGGAUGGGUUGCUGCAGUCCCUUGUGCAGGUACUUGCGUCCACAGAUGUGAACGUUGUCACCUGCGCUGCGGGUAUUUUGUCAAAUUUAACAUGCAACAAUCAACGCAACAAGAUAACGGUGUGCCAAGUGGGUGGGGUGGAUGCACUCGUGCGCACCAUCAUUAAUGCUGGGGAUCGUGAGGAGAUCACAGAGCCGGCUGUGUGUGCUCUGCGCCAUCUCACAUCGCGUCAUGUUGAGAGUGAGAUGGCACAGAAUGCCGUACGCCUCAACUAUGGGCUCCCUGUUAUUGUGAAGCUCCUCCAUCCACCAUCCCGUUGGCCCCUCAUCAAAGCUGUCAUCGGGUUGAUUCGGAAUCUCGCCCUAUGCUCCGCCAAUCAUGCACCAUUGCGAGAACACGGGGCUAUCCAUCAUCUCGUCCGGCUUCUCAUGAGAGCCUUCCAAGAUACACAGAGGCAACGAAACUCAGUGGCUAGCACUGGCUCUCAACAGCCAGGUGCCUAUGCUGAUGGGGUACGAAUGGAAGAGAUUGUCGAAGGAACAGUUGGGGCAUUGCACAUCUUAGCCAGAGAGUCCCACAAUCGCGCCCUUAUUCGCCAACAAGCUGUAAUUCCCAUCUUUGUGCAGCUUCUUUUCAACGAGAUUGAAAAUAUUCAGCGUGUUGCUGCUGGUGUUUUGUGCGAAUUGGCAGCUGAUAAGGAGGGUGCUGAAAUGAUUGAGCAAGAAGGCGCCACAGCACCACUCACAGAGCUCCUUCAUUCACGCAAUGAAGGUGUGGCUACCUAUGCGGCUGCUGUGCUAUUCCGCAUGAGUGAGGAUAAGCCACAAGACUACAAAAAGCGUCUCUCAAUGGAGCUGACCAAUUCGCUCUUGCGAGAGGACAACAAUAUGUGGAAUAAUGCUGACUUGGGCAUGGGACCGGAUUUGCAGGAUAUGCUGGGUCCCGAUCAAGGCUAUGAGGGCCUCUAUGGGCAGGGCCCACCAAGUGUCCACAGCUCCCAUGGUGGUCGAGCCUAUCAGCAAGGCUAUGACACUCUUCCGAUAGAUUCAAUGCAGGGUCUGGAGAUUGGGGGUGGGAUUGGGCCACCAGGCGCCAAUCCAGCAUCCCCCUACUGCAUGGAUAUGGAUGUAGGGGAAAUGGGUGCGGGAGAGCUGUCAUUUGAGCACCUCGAGGCGAUGCCGUCGCCCCCGCAGGCUGCAGACAACCAGGCAGCCGCCUGGUAUGACACUGAUUUGUGAAUUCCCUUGCCGCCACCGCCUCAUUUCCCAUCACACCCACGCAGUUUAUUCCUCCAUUUAUAUACAUUUUUAUACAAGAACUUUUUUGUUAGAAUUUUAAGAGAUUUUUUUUUAUUUUAGAAACAUUUUUUUUAUAUUUUAAAAGAUUUUUUUUUCUAUAUUGUGACAAAAUAUAUAUAUGGAAAAUUCGUCUGAACGAAAAUCCCCAGUGAAAAGUUUUUUUUCAGCUCUAAUGUGGAAUAAAAAUGUUUAUGUUUAAAUGUUUUAUUGAGAAGAAAUUUUAUAAAAGUGAAGAAAGAUUAAAAAAAAAAUACCUUUAAUGGAAAAUAACAGGGUGAACAACAAAUAAAAAAAAUUUUGACGGAUAAAGAUUUAAGGAAAAAAAUUUUACAUCAUCGCACUGAAUUAAAAAAUUUAAAAAAAAGAUUUUUUUUAUUUAAAAAAAAAUAUUCAAAUACAGUAUUGAUCUUAAAUUGUAAGUGUUUGUAGGAAUUAAGGACAAAAAAGAAGUUAGUCUUUAAGAAGUAAAAGAAAAAUUAAAUAAAUUAUCAUAAAAUAUCAUGAUCUUUACUAAAUGAAAAUGAGAAAAAAAAACAUAAAUUGUAGAAAUAAUUCAUAAAAAUAGUGGAAUAUACUUUCAAGAAAAAAAAUCUACUUAAAUUUACUGAAUUAGAAGAUUAAACAAAAAAGAAAAAGAAAAGAAGUAAAUUUCUACAAUUUGGUAGAAAGGAUCUUAUAGUAAGAGAAGGAAAAAAAAGUAAUUUUAAGGAUUGUUCACACUCCCACAGGAAAAGGAGGGAGUUUUAUGUAGGGAUUUCCCAUUUUCAGGCCAAAUCUAUAGAGAACGAUCAAACAAUUUAAUAGUGGAAUGUAAAUGUUUCUUUUUUGGCACAGUUUUUAAUACUUUUCUUUUUUUUGAUUAAAGAAAAAGUAAAAAAAAAUAGUUAAGGGCAAUAGACAAGCGGAUAAUCUCUUAAUUUUCACAAUAACCUCUAUUUAAAUGGAAUUUAUCAUUUAACCGUGUAAGGGGAGAGACAUUUCUUUUGUUUUCAAAUCAGCUAUUUGUCAUAAGAACGUAGAUUUAAUUUGGCGCAAUAGCGCACAAAAUCAAUAUUUUAGUUUUUAAUAAGCACAAUUUUAAUAAAAAUUAUAUAUAAAUAAA